AUGAUGCAGUCGGUCGUGAAGUCGUUUCGCUUGUCGUCGAGAUCUCAAAGAUUGUUGAAUACGUCGGCAGCAUGCUCUGAGAAGGUGACCAGUCGUGACACUCGUUUGGCAGGCCGAUUGCGAUUCUACAAAGAAGUGGAUGUAACCGAUGUAUCGGCGCCAUGGCAAGAGAGUGAGGUGAAACUCGACGAUACUAUUGCAUCUCCUAUCUCAGCAGGUGUAGAUGGCAGUGAUUCGGCAUCGGGGGUAAAAUAUUUGCAAGACUUGGGAUCAUCACAACUGGAAUACAUGUUGUCACCUAGGCGUCCUGGAUCCGUGGAUACCACUGAUUCCCCUAUUGGAUGGUUCGGUGUUACACUUGAUGGUAAAACGUUGAAAACUCCCAUGGGACAAACUUUGUCAGUCCCGUCCCAGAGUUUGGCCAUUGCAAUUGCAGCAGAAUGGGACGCCCAAGAGAAGUACUUGAAACCAGCAGGCAUGCCUCUCAUGACAUUGGCUUGUACAACUCUCGAUCAAGUUGCCCACAAUCCACAGGUAUACCGUCAGGAAUGCUUGAACUUUUUGCCAACAGAUACGACUUGCUUUUGGGCUGAUCCCACCACUGAUCGAGGACUGCACCGUCGGCAAACAGAAGCGUGGAAAGACUUGCACGACUUUGUAGAAAAAAAGUUUAGGCAUGCUCCUGCAUAUGCCAUGGGAACAAAUGAGGGAAUGAUUAUGGUCCGAAAGCGCGAAAAUCGGAAUAAACCUUCUGGACUUCCUCACAACCAAGAGUUGUUUGACAGUGCAACAGAAUGGACUUUUGCAUUGGAUGCUUGGCACUUGGCAGCAUUGUCUAGUAUGUGUUCUCAGGGCAAGAGUUUUUUGCUUGGCUGGGCUGUUUUGGAAUCUGGCUCGCCCUUUAAGGAGGUGAGACAAGCAAUUGAAGCGUCACGAGUGGAAGAAGAGUUUCAGAUCUCGAGCUGGGGAUUGGUGGAGGGCGGACACGACUACGAUCGAUUGAAUUGCUCGAUCCAGAUGAAUUCUGCAGAGGUUUUCUCGAAGGCUAUAUUACUAGACAACGAGUUGUAA